UUUCCACGUCCUUCAGCUCUCUAAUCACGACUACUCUUCCUCGCAACCGCUCUCAAACAUUUUUUUCCUGAUCUAUCAGCAAAUCUCUUCAAAUCAACAUCUAUGGCGAAUAUUUUGAGUAAUUCCAAUUUAAGUAGUAGUACCGGUGGUCGUUCCGGAGUCCGCUCUUUCCAGGCCUCCGAAGCGACCCCCGUCCCUACCCCCAGAACCACUACUACUACGGUAGCGAUGUGAUCCCCACGGGAGCCACCAUCGCUUCUUGCUACACCUACGCCGUCGCCACUGGCGCGUCGGCUUUCCAUUAUCGCACUACGUUGGGUGGAGUGGCAGAGUGGCGUCCCUGAGGCCCCCCGUGGAACAAGACCUUCCGCUGACAUGCGGAAGGCAUCGUUGGACCUGGCUCUGCAGUGUGAGAGACUCUUUGCUAAUGGGACAGCGAUUUGUGAGGGGACGGAGAUGACGAAGCUUGUGAACCGCGUGCGUGGCACCGCUUCGCCAGCUGUUGAGGCGCUGAUGCGGGUCGCAUACCCGCGGCAUCGCGGCAUCCCGCCCAGCCAGACCGAGUUCUUCAAGCUCGUUGAUUUUGAGAACAAUGUCUGGAUGGGCGCUGUCGUGGACCGCACGAUGCUCAUCUACUUUGACAAGGAGAUGGCCAACUCGCGCAUGGAUCUCAAGGCAGGACUCGUUGCUGUCAUGGAUCUCGCCUCGGAGCUGCUCGAAUGCGAGCGCGUGGUUAUUUGCAUCGACCGCACGAUUAUGAAACUUCAUAAUCUCGUCAACACAUUCUACUGGGUUGGCUUUGAACUGGUCAAGUGCCCCGUGGACUUCAACGGUGGCCAGUUGUCGGAUGCAUGGAUCGCGAUGGAAAUUGAAGUAUAAUCGAUUAUUUUGAUCUCUUUUCUUUUCCUUUUAUUAUUAUAAACUACAUCUUAUUCGCUUGCUUCUUGUAUCUCUCCUCCCUCGCAUCCUAUCUUUCAUAGGCUGCAUUUUUUUUAGUUUAUUCAUAUUUUUAUUGCUUUUGUGUUCUUUUUUUUUUCUAUUCACGGUGUUCAGAGUUCUUGCGCUUGUUUUGUUACUAUCGCUUGCUUUGCUUAUAUCGCUUUUUUGCCUAUAUAUAUAUUAAUGAGUUUGAGAUAUUGGAAUCAACGAUAACAUUUACAUUCUUUU